CUAAAAAUAUUAUUUUUUCUGGAAUACCAUAGAUAUUGAUUUUUUUCUUGCCACCAAGUAAAUGAAACUACGCAAACUUGACUAAUUGACGUAUUAACUGCGAACAGUAAUGUCAUUGUAUACAAAUUUGAAAAGUGUAAAUUAUUUGGGCAAACAAUCGAAGUGGCUAUUCCGGUUAUUGGACGACAUUUGAGGGGGAUCUUCUUGGUUUUGUCUCAGUUUUAAUUCAUCACUUGAGUAGUACACACAUCUGAGAACUUUCCUAACAAUGUCUAAAGUAACGAUUUUCUAUUUCGGAAUACUUACGAUUGCAUCCGUUCAAGGACAAUUUUUGGAAAAUUGUGAAUUGAGCGGUUAUCGCAUGGGCGGUAGAAGAGAAUUACACCGUUUGGAAUUAAUAAGUGCCGAACACGAACUGCGUGCAGUUUUAAUGAAAUUAUCCGAAAGAGAUGAUGGUCCAUUUUACAGAAUUGGUGCAGUUUUUGCUGGCAGCGAACAAUUAGUAGCGGGCUCGUUGAAAACAUUAGUUGUCACAUUGCUGGAUUUAAGUAAUUUCAAACAUAACUGUGAAGUUGAUCUUUGGACCAGGCCUUGGAAAACUGAUGGCACUGAAAUCACCAUAAGAUGUGAAUGUAUGCGAACUAUUUUUAAACAUGUUGAUUACUAGAAGGUUAUUUGAGAGCUAAUUUUUAUUAAGAAGACUGAACAAUAAAUACAAUAAAUAUUUUGGAAAAA